AUCAGGAGCGACUGUUCGACUUAACGCCGUAUUCUCUAUCGUAGGCCAGCCUAACCGCAUCGGGGCCUCACUCUCCGCCUUCCGAAGCUCAUUUUAGAACGCGAGACACGUCCCUCUUUUGCGCUGGGAAUUCCCUGGCAACGGUGUUGAACCAGUUCUGUUUUGCUACUCGAACGGUGGCUAACACGAUGCCCACCGCAGUAUACGCGUCCUAACAAUGUCUACCCCCGAUCGCAAGUUCGAUCGGUUCUCUUCCCGGCGCAACAACCAUCUCCCAUACGAGUCGCCCUUCCGACGAGCGCGCCUGAAUAACCACUCCGCACCCGAUAUCGAUGUGUCGCGCAUCCCCAGUCCCAGUGCGAAAUAUGGCGCGAGUCCACGGAGGAGCUUUGGCCAGACGCGGACACUGAGAGGCGCCUAUGAAGCGGCAUCCCGAACAGGCACAACAAUGGCAGACGACAGCUCGCGGCCAAUAAUCCCGCCGAUACGCUCUGCGGGGAGGACUCCAAGCCCCCAGACUAGACGACAGAGAAAUGCGUCUGGAUCGGCACGGUCGCCGGUAUCAGACGUAUCCAGUCCGCCGGGAGAAUUGCUCGAUGCGUACCGGCAGAUCAACGAUGCGGACAACCUGGUCGAUUUGGUCGAACAGGACGAGUAUGACUUCCAACAGGACCAGCUACGAACGGACCGCAUGCGGCACCCCUCACCGCGACACACGAUGAGAGAUACUCAUAGGAGAGCUUCAGAUCACAUGGAUGAAGAUCUAAGCUUCCUGGACGAGCUGACGGACGACUCGCUGCGGGCGAACCUCGCGAACCAUAUCCGGGAUGAGCAACGACUCAAGCGCGUCACCGCAAAGGAAUCUCCCGUGUUCAGCAGAGCAAAAGUGGGAAUCAAGGCGGCGCUGUCGGCAGACAAUCUGCAACGGCGCGAGACACAGCAGGCGGAGGAGGUCGACGACGGCAUGGACCCAUCAUUGAACCUUCCAAGAAGUUGGGGUAAUGGGCGACGAAGUCAUAGGGACUGGCUGAGCACCCUCAAACGUCGCAAUGGGAAUGCAUCAAUGGAAGAACCAUCCAAGGACGAACCAGUCGUUCCAGGAUGGGAGCCCGAGAUUGACUUCACGGCCAGAUCGCUGCAGGUAUCCGACAGCCCUCCCAUGCGCAGACCGGCUGAGACGCGAAUGGGAACGGAAAGAGUGAUGGGACGUCGAUCUCCAAGGUCGGCCAGUGAAGACACGCCAAAGAAUAUCUCACCAGAAAAAGGGCGGCCGUCGCAGAGUGGAAGUCCGAUCCCCAACAGUCCAGUUGUCAUCUACAAGGAUUCAAGCAACAAGCCCGCCAUGGCCAAGAACGAUUCACAAGAGCUUCUGCGCAAGCUUGCAAGGGCAGAAAGCCCGCCUCAGAAUACGCCGCAGACUAGCACUCCAGAAUCAAAACCUGUCGACAAAUGGAUGUUGGCGAAAACACCAGUCGUAACUGGCGCGUGGGUGGACACGCCCAUGACUGAACGAGUUGCUAAACCUCCGCAAGACGUAACAGAAGAGAUACUGUCGCCCAGCAAUACAGCGCGCAAAACAAAUCCCAAAUCUGAAGAUACCCCUCAAGCGCCAGAAGAGCGGCCACCGCAGAAGCAGGAGACGAAGAAAUACGGAUCAGAAAAGGAAGAAACGAAGAAGCAGGAGCCGGCGAGAAAUGAGCCACAGAAGAGACCCGCGCAGAAAGAGGAGCCUAAAAAGCCUGAAGAGAAGAAAGUGAAGAGAAAGCUGGAGCUGAUCAAACCUCGCCUACCAAAGAGCGCCUUGGAGAGUGUCCUUGAACACGCUAAAUCCGAAGACCACUCUUUGAUGUUGGGCGACGAUACGAUCGACUCUCUCCAGAAUAUGCUUGAUCAGGACUCAAGCUUCAUCAAGACCGAAGAUGAUUCUGCUACCGAUGACCAGGUUGAUCCGACGAUCUCAGAAUACGACGACCCCUCGCUACCUGGAGAACCAGUCGUUUUCCUAGAUAAUAUGAGCACUAAACUUCGUUCUAUGGGCAAGAACAUCCACGAGGCAAGACAGGGACUCCACAAUCUAGGCAGCGAUCUCGAAGGCUAUCUCUCCGGCAGGAAAGCAGCAUAUCGACAGGAUGGUAUCUCCCAUCGCAUCUAUCGCCUGAGAUGGUUCAUCCUCGCCGCUAUCAUCUGGUACUGGACAGAGAACGUUAUGUGCAGCUACUACUGCCACCCCUUCGUCGCAGACACCUGCGAUCGCAAUUGUCUCGCUCCUGAUGCACCCCGCUUCCCAUUCGUCCUUCCGACAAUGCUCUGGCGCUGGUCGCAUCUCUCCACGGUUUUGACACCGGUAUUGACACUCCUCGUCGCCUUCUUUCGGCUUAUCGCUCAACUCUUCGGUUUUUGGGACGGCUAUUUGGACGACUCUCCAUCUUCAGUGCAGCCAUGGGGGCUGAGCAAAUUCGGAUUUGGCCAUGGCCAAGGGCCACCCCUUCGGAAUAUCCCUGUCGUCAUCAAAGGCACACCGAACAGUCAACACACGCAAAGUAUACGAGCCGCCACUGGCCUUCCAAGUCAGAUACAGGUCCCUACGAACCGAGAACCGACACAAUACUGGGACAAUGAUGGGCUCAGUAUGGACAAUGACGAGGAUCUCUAAAUAAACAACUGGUGACUGUUAGACAAUUGCACUUUCUGGUCCGGGGCUCUCUUUAUCCAUUUUCCCUUUUCUUUUUUGCGACGAAAGCAAGGCGGAGCAUCGAACCGGAACGGAAUAUCAAGCGGAGUCAAAAAGGAGAUUAUUUAAAGGCGUUGGUUUUAAUGAUCAGGAAAUCGGGAGUUCGUCGGUAUAAUAUUCCGUCGUCACCUUUGCUAGUUAUUCAAUGGAUUUCUUUUGAACUUUCAUCUCGAUGAUACCAUGCUGCAAGACUGUUGGAGAUGAGACUAGGGGAAGGGGAUCAAUUAAAGAUUAGGUAGAUCGAAGAAUAAAUCUGACAUAGCAUGGGCUAGCAUAUCUAAGUACUUGGUUCUAGUCUAAUCUUGCCUUGCAAGGGCACAAUGGAA